UUUCCUCGCAAGUGAGCCCGGCCAGGUCCGCUCAAUCGGGCUGCGAGCCGCCUUCCCGCCGACGCUGUGCGCGCCUUCGAGCCAAACAAGCGCCCCGAAGUCCGGGGCUCCUCCGGCUGCCGCGCUCUCGUCGGUGGGUCUACUGCGGGGCGGGCUGGACGCGUUGCGCACGGGCGCUAGCGAGCCAGGGACCAGGCUCUGGGCCCGCCGGCGCUUUCCCGUCAGUUCCGCCCCCUGGGCCGGGGCCUUGUUUGCGCUUCUGCAAACCACUCGACGGCAAACGGGCAGGAAGCGCCGCGCCCGGAGCCCAGCCUGGCCCCGCUGGUGGGUGGGCAGGCAGGCAGAGAAGCUCCGCCAAGCCCAGCCCAGCCCUGCCGCGCCUCCCAAGCGCCUGGACGCAGCCGGAGCGGCGGCGGCUGUGCCUCCGGGGAGCCCUCCGCGGGAAGGAGUCGCCGCCGCCGGCCGGAGCGGGAAGGAGGCAGCGGCGAGCCAGCCAGCCCAUCAGCGGCGAUGAGCUCUCCGCCCCGACUCGGCUGAAGUAGGCGCCGCCGGUCCGCGGAAACCGGUCCGCAUUCCCGGGCGCCUCGGCCCUCCCCACGGGCAUGCGGGCGGCGCGCUGAGAAGCGCUCGGACGACCGGAGCUGCAGAUUGUCGGGAGCUGCUUCUGCCUGAAUCGAUGGCGUACACCGUAAGCCCAGCCUCUUCUGUGCCCGUGGGGCCCCAGUACUGCGUCUGCAAAGUGGAACUAUCUGUGUGUGGUCAAAACCUUCUAGACAGAGAUGUGACUUCUAAAUCCGACCCCUUCUGUGUCUUAUUUAUGGAAGUAAAUGGGAAGUGGACAGAGAUGGACAGGACAGAAACAGCCGUCAACAACCUUAACCCAGCCUUCUCCAAGAAGUUCAUCAUCGACUACCGCUUUGAGGAAGUUCAGAAGCUGAAAUUUGCCUUGUUUGAUCAAGACAAGUCGAGCAUGCAGCUUUACGAACAUGACUUCCUGGGAGAGUUUUCCUGCACUUUGGGAACGAUCGUCUCCAGCAAAAAGAUGACAAGAGCCCUCCUUCUGGGAAACGGGAAACCUGCUGGAAAGGGAAUGAUUACGAUAACAGCCCAAGAACUAUCAGAUAAUCGAGUGAUCACUCUCAGCAUGGCGGGCAGAAAGCUGGAUAAAAAGGACUUGUUUGGAAAAUCAGACCCAUUUUUAGAGUUUUACAAACCAGGGGAUGAUGGGAAAUGGAUGCUGGUUCACCGAACAGAGGUCAUUAAAUAUACGCUGGAUCCCGUGUGGAAGCCAUUCACUGUGCCUUUAGUAUCGUUGUGCGAUGGGGAUGUUGAAAAACAGAUCAAGGUGGUGUGUUUUGAUUAUGAUAAUGACGGGGGGCAUGACUUCAUCGGGGAGUUCCAGACCUCUGUCGCUAAGAUGUGUGAAGCCCAAGAUGCCUUUGUGGUAGAAUGUGAGUGCAUUAACCCCAAAAAGCAGAAGAAGAAACGAAGCUAUAAGAACUCUGGCAUCAUCAUAGUGAAAUCCUGCAAAAUCACCAGAGAUUACUCCUUCCUUGACUACAUCCUUGGGGGCUGCCAGCUAAUGUUUACGGUUGGAAUUGACUUCACGGCAUCCAACGGGAAUCCCCGAGACCCCACCUCUUUACACUACAUCAACCCCAUGGGAACAAAUGAGUAUCUUUCAGCCAUUUGGGCUGUGGGGCAGAUCAUCCAGGACUACGACACAGAUAAAAUGUUUCCUGCCUUGGGAUUUGGUGCCCAGUUGCCGCCGGACUGGAAGGUUUCUCAUGAGUUUGCCAUUAACUUUAACCCAACCAACCCAUUCUGCCUUGGUGUGGAGGGCAUUGUUGAAGCCUACUCCAGCUGCCUGCCUCACAUACGUUUUUAUGGACCAACCAACUUCUCUCCCAUCAUUAAUCACGUGGCUCGGUUUGCAGCCCAGGCAACCCAGCAGGAGUCAGCAAAUCAAUAUUUCAUCCUCCUGAUCAUCACUGACGGUGUCAUCAGCGACAUGGACGAGACGCGACACGCAGUCGUGCAGGCCUCCAAGCUGCCCAUGUCCGUCAUCAUCGUCGGGGUGGGAAACGCAGACUUUGCCGCCAUGGAGUUCUUGGAUGGGGAUAACCGUGUGCUCAGAUCCUACACAGGAGAGGAGGCCGUGCGCGACAUCGUCCAGUUUGUGCCAUUCCGCGAGUUCCGUAGUGCGCCUAAAGAGACCUUGGCCAAAGCUGUCUUGGCGGAGCUCCCCCAGCAAGUGGUCCAGUAUUUCAAGCAUCAAAACUUGCCGCCCAUCAAUUCGGAGCCUGCCUAGGGCCCCGCCCGUUGUCCUUUGCCUGCAUGUGUCCCUUUGAGCUCGUCAGUGACAGAAGGUUGCAUGUCUCACGUGGUUUCGAACAAUUUGUACUUUUCAUUGGACAAAUCGAUUUUAGAAAUGCCAACCUCCACCCCACCUCCCCAAGCCCUUCCCAAAAGCGAAACUCGCAACGCAAGAAAUACUGGGAUCUGUUCUCUCUCUCGCUACAUUCCGGGGCCAGGAAAAAAACGUUAUCCAAACCAGACCAAGCCAAACUAUUUCUACCCUUCCCCUGUUCUGAGAACCAACUUUAAAGUAUUUGAAUGUACUUUGUAUGAUUUUUGUGGAAUGAGAGACAGUUUCUACAAGCAAACUUUGCUUCCUACCCCCAGUCCGUGAAGUUCUCACCAUCUCGUCGCCCAAAGAAAUGUGGACAGUACCUGGGUGUGUCGUACUUGUACUUCUGAUGCUCUGUGUACAUUUUUAUACUGUGGCCAUGUCAUAUUUGAUAUACUCAGGUUAAUAAACAAAUUUGGUCUCUUA